CUAACCCCAGCCCCUGGGCCUUCUUCCAGAUGGAAGAAGGGAAGCGAAGCCAAUCCACACCUCGGAUUCUUAAAAUAGAGAGGUGACUCGCUCUCCCGCACAGCCCGCGGUCGAACGAUGGGGUCGCUGCGGAUGAUAGGCGCUUUUGAUUGACAGCUGGGGUGUUCCGAGCGGGGCUGGGUUGCGCGGCUCUUUCCGAGGCUUAUAUAGAGGCUGGAGGUGGGGAAGGCAGGAGGAGAUCGCGGCGGGCGGGCGGGCAGGCAAGCAAGGCAGAGAGUGAACUCUAGGAGCGAAGCAGGCAGGCAGGCAGGCAGGAAGGAAGGAAGGAAGGAAGGAUCACUGGAUCCCGGCGACCGCCUGUUGCUGAUCCCAGCGGCCGGGUGGCCGCGCCGCGCCUCGCCUCGCCUGGCCGCCUUUUGCCGGGGUUUUCUUCUCCUUCUCUCACUUCCCGAGGUCCGGCGGUCUCUCCGAGCUUAUACCCUCGGCCAUGCACUGCCAAGGCGGGCUCCGGCUGCCUUCGCCCGGGCAGCAGCUGAAAGCAGCCAGGCGGCGCUACAAGACCUUCAUGAUCGACGAGAUCCUCUCCAAGGAGACGUGCGACUACUUCGAGAAGCUCUCGCUCUACUCCGUCUGCCCUUCUCUGGUCGUCCGACCCAAAGCUUUGCACUCCUGCACCGGCUCCUCUUCUCUCCGGGCUUAUCCACUCAUCUCUGUCAUUACCAGACAGCCUUCAGCAGUCUCUCACUUCAUUCCUGCAGUGAGCACCUCUCGGGUUCUCUCACCACUUCCACCUUCGGGAAACAUCUGUUCAGAGACCCAAGCCAACGAAACUCAUGGAAGCAGUGAAUCCGAGACAGAACAGCCCAUCCUCCCCUUGAAAAAGCCUCGCCGCAGCCGGACCAUCUUCACAGAGUUGCAGUUGAUGGGACUAGAGAAGAAAUUCCAAAAGCAGAAGUAUCUGUCCACCCCAGACAGGCUGGAUCUUGCUCAGUCACUGGGCCUCACUCAACUCCAAGUGAAAACCUGGUAUCAAAAUCGCAGGAUGAAAUGGAAAAAAAUGGUCCUGAAAGGAGGGCAGGAGGCACCCACAAAGCCCAAAGGCCGCCCAAAGAAAAAUUCCAUUCCCACCUCAGAGGAAAUCGAAGCAGAAGAAAAGUUGAACAGCCAAACUCAGCCAGACGUCUUGAAGGAAAGCCAAGCAGAAGAAGACUGUGGGUUGACCAAGGAGCAGUUGGGCUCCUCUUCGGAAACGGAUGGAUCUCCUAAACACAUAGCAGAGGCAUCUCCAGGGCUGACAACCUCAAGUUAAGAGGCACCUCAAGGCUCCCCCAGGGGACAAUGCAUAAACUGGAUUUCCCUGCACCUUGUGCCUUAAGAUAUCAGUUGGUGUGAUAGGUGACGGUUGGAUGAAGAGAUCCAAUGUUAACCAGGAUGACUUCUUGACUCCCAGUGUCAAGUAUACACUUUCCCUACACGUAUCCUGGAAUGAGAAAUUCUCCCCAAAACUGCAUGCUUCAGAGAUUGGCGCUUCCAAAACAACACAAGCGACUCAACUCCUCAUGUUUCCACGAGAAGAAGCAUUUUACGGACUUCAGCAUGCUGAAGAUACUGGUUCUUUUUCUUGCCAUAAUUGGUGUUGUUGUUGUUGUUAUAAUUAUUAUUCAGAAUGCUUUAAAAUGGAUUCUAAGUAGCAACUACCAAAGAACAGGAUUCCCACCGUUGCGUUUUGUAAAUGUGCCAAUGCAAAGCAUUUUCGUGGGUCAUUCAAAAUAGGGGGAUAUCUCCCAUUAUGCUGGCCAGAGAGUGAUUUUGGUGGCAGUCAAGAGAAAUAUUAAUGAUGCUCUCGAAUUGUGAGUCUUGGGUGAGCUAAUUUUCUAAAAGAUCAUCUAAGCCACCAGGCGAGGGAGAAGAAGCAAAUGUCCUAGGAAGAGCUGCCUUGACAGCAAACACAUUGAUUUGAUCAACCAUGAUCAGGGGCUGAUUUUAGUAAUUUAGUAGGCUGAAGUUGCGAUCCAGAACUAUGGCUGAUACACACAGCUCCAUACUGGCUGCUCUUUAUCCUCAUUGCACUGUAAGUAAAUUAUAUUGUUCCAUACAAUACCAGAAUCAACAUCAGAGGCUGGAAUUUUGAGGAGCACAUCAAGUUCUCUGGAGAUGAUCAGUGGCAAAUCUGAAUGGAUACUGCCAGCCCAACUCUGCUAUUUACUCAACUUGCUUCUCUGAGUAGAAAGGCAAUAACAAGAGGGAGGUGACAUAAUAGCAGUCUCCAGUCCCCUCUAUCUAGACUGUGGUCUGGGUUUAACUUAGUAGAAGAAGGCUUGUGUGGUGGUACUGGAGACAGAGAAGUGAUCCACUUGGGCAUAAGUGUAUCCUGAAAAGAUCUUGCACGAGAGUCUUCCACAACUGGAUCACUGCCAGAUUGACAUAUUUCUUCUGGAGGACCCUUGAGCAGAAUGACAGUGCAUACAAUUUAAUGGCUUCUUUCGGUACAGAGAAUAUGACUGGAGCUCUAAAGCAAGUUUUUCCUUCAAUCAUCUGGAAUACUGUAUUACCCUGGAAAUGAAGUGGAAGUUAAUAGGAGAGCAAGCAAAACACUAGAAUAUAAUAUUUCCCCGAGGGGUAACUGUGCAAUGAAUUGUUAAGAAUUCAAGCUGCCAUAAUCAAAAGCCAGUUUAGCCUUUAUAUGUUCACCUCUGGCCAGUUUAUGUUAAGGAGCAGCAGCUAAGAGUUUCCUUCAGCCUCUGUUGCUAUCUCCUUUGUAAGUUUCUUCCAUUUUUAAAAAUGAAAUCAUCGUUUUAAACAAAGCAUCCAAAGUGUGCAUCAAAAUCGUAUUUGAAAGCUGUUUUUUAAAAAAUGUUAUUUGCUCCUACACACCAUUUGUAUUUUUAAAUGUUUGUUCCCUCAAGGUAAAGGUUUGCAAGUAUUUUUGAUGCCUUUGUGCCAAGAAUUGUAUUAAAAUGUUGGUGAUGGCAGAAGCUCCAGAGUUACUGAAUUUUUAUCUAUUUGCAAAAUGGAUGAAACAAAGAUCAGGUCAGUUUACUGGAUAUGAAAUUUGUCAGGGUAGUCAUUACUGGAAACAGCCCAAUCUCACAAGCCGUGUGAGAUUCAGGCUUGCUCACACGUUGGGAAAUGUCAUCACUUAUUCAAUUAACUAUAUUCUUCUGAGUAAUGAGUUCCAGCAAAUAGAUAUGCUAUUGUGAUGCAAUCCAGCUUUUAAAGAAAAAAAUACCUGCGAACCAGACUGUCAGAAGAGUCAAGAGGGUUCCCACAACUGUCUGGUGCCCUUAUUUUACCAAGUUGCACAUCUGAUACACGUAAGGGAGGGGCAGGGCUUUGAUGCAGUCAUUGGGAUUGAAGUUCUUCACCCUUUGGUGGAUGGAGCCAAAUUCAUACAAUUAUAACAAUAUAGAUCAAGGGUGUCCAACUUUGGCAACUUUAAAACCUGUGGACUUCAACUCCCAGAAUCCUCUACUCCAGAUCAGUUCAGGAAGAGUCUUCAUGUCCAUCUCUUUCCAUCAGUUUUGGAAGGUUCCAUUUGUUGUUGUGGUGGUUGCCAUUUCCCACCUUGGAACUGUUUCUCCUGUUUAGCAAUGCAGGUAAAGAGCACUAAACCAUUCACCCAGGAAAACAAAUCAUGAACCUGAGAGGAAAAAAAAUUGCAGGAGAGGGAUUGCGUUUUAUUUUCCAGUCCUGUGUGCCAAAGUUUAGAUAACCAUCUUGUUUCCUACAGUCUUGUUAAAGGGUGCUUUUUUUUUUGCCCAUAUGCUGCAAAGAACUGUAUCAAGAUAACCUUUAUUUUUUAAUUAAAAAAUAAAAUGUGUAAA